AUGAAUGUUGAAGAACUAGAAUACUUAAGGUCUCAGGGCAUACAAGUUUUAGAGAAGAUUGCAAGUGGUGGUAAUGGUGAAAUCUUCAUUGUUUUCAGUCAUCAAUACUUUUCCCAGUUUAUUCUGAAAAAAAUCAGAGAGAACAUUUUUAAUGAAGCAGAAAUUGAAUGCAUGAUGAGGUGUUCAGAUCCUUCUAUUGUUGCACUAUACAAGUAUUACAAAUUUGGUGGAUAUAUUUAUCUGCUAAUGGAAUUGUGCAAAUGUGAUCUCGAAAAAUACAUCAAAACUACUCAAAAUAUCUCAGAAAAAGACACCGCAAACUUAAUUAAGAGCCUUAUCUUAGCCGUUAAAGCAUGUCAUGAUCAUAACAUUGCUCAUUGUGAUAUCAAACCUUCCAAUUUCUUAAUAGAUAACUACCAAAGAGUCAAAAUUGCAGACUUUGGCCUAUCCUCGAUCUUUGGUCAAAACAAGACAUCAAACAUUUGUGUAGGCACUAUCUAUUUUAUGGCACCCGAAGUAAUCAGACGCCAAGCUCAUGAUUCUUUAGCAGCAGAUAUAUGGGCACUUGGAGUUACAAUAUAUUUCAUUGCUACAGGAAAAUAUCCAUUCUACUCGGCUGUUCCCGAUGAAUUAAUUGCUCAAAUCUUCCAAGGGCAAUAUUCAACGGCCUGUAUCGCUGACUCAAAGUUAGUUCAAUUAAUUGCGGCUUGUCUUUCUCCAGAUCCUCAAAGCCGUCCUACAGUCAAUCAACUUUUGCAGAUGGACUAUAUCGCAUGUCUUGAUAUUGAUAGCAACAAGAAACUUUUACCAAAAACAGGAUCAGUUUUAUCAGGAUCUCGUUUAAUUUUGAAGCCUAACGUUCCAUCUGUAAUUCGUGCCCGAGUCAGAACACCAAAGAUGGGCAAAGUUCGAGCAAGCUGCAGUUCUGUCCCAUCACAGCUCCAUCCUAUUCAAAAUUUAGCAAUUUGA